AUGUCUUCAAAACCCCACGGUGCUAUUACUCCAAAGCCCUCUGGCGCAUCGGGCUGGUUAACCAUACCAGCUCCCUUAGCUCGACUCUUCAAGAGAUUUCCCCUCAUAACAUAUCCUCCCAACGAGCUACCUAUUCGUUCCCCUAGAACUAGAGACGUAGCGACUCUAUACGUCUUUAUAUCCGACCAAAAUGCCCUAGAUAGCUUACCUAGCUUCAAUCCAUCUUGCCUCAAAUGGCAAACCUUUCUCAAGCUAUCCGGGGUCGAUUUCCAAGUAAUACCCUCAAACAAUCACGCUUCACCAACAGGCGCAUUGCCGUUUCUGAUUCCUUCGUCGAGUCCUAACAGCUUCGACCCACCUUUACCUAUACCAUCCAACAAACUAGAACAAUAUGCAGCUCAAAGUGGCACACAUAAGAUUUCCGAAGUCCCAAGCCUGAAGCUUGAAGCCUACGAAUCGCUGCUCGACCACCGAAUACGUAACGCGUGGCUCUACUCCUUAUAUUUAUCCAGCCCAAACUCAUCCCUACUUUCGCAUCUCUACGUCACACCGGCUUCCGCAUCACAGAUCGUGAAAGCGACAAUCCUAUACCAAUUGCGUCAUGCGGCAGAGGCUCAGAUAUUAAGAUCUAUAGGGACGCCGGUUAUAUAUUCGAGGAAGCUAUAUGAUGGGGCGAGGGAAGCCUUUGAGGCCUUGUCAACGGUGCUAGGCUCGGGGGAUUGGUUCUUUGAGGCACCAGAGCCAAGUCUAUUUGACUCUACAGUGUUCAGUUAUACACACCUCUUACUCGAUGAGGGAUUAGCAUGGGAAGAUAGGAGGCUUACUGAAAUCGUCAGCGAGUUCCCAAAUCUAGUCGAGCACCGCAACAGAAUAUUACAGAAAUGUUGGGGUCAGGGCUUAGGUUGA